AUGGCUUCCAACAACAAUGCGUCAGGCGGAUCUAAGCAGAAUAAUAUUAGCGUUCAUACUCGUCUUUUUAACAGAGAGAACUACUAUGUCAAUUCUGUCACAGAUUCACUUAGAGCAUCCGUAGCGGUACCUCUAGACAAUCUGUCUUUCGAUGACGACACUGACCUCUGGACUCGUGCCUACGGGGCGGUCCAAAAGCGGGAAGCCAAGCUGAUGAAAAGCUACAUGAAGCAUCUGAACGAUUUGCAGGCAGUCGGUGAUUCGAUCACAGAUGGAGACCUCUUGGAUCCUGUCUAUAUCGACUCUACUGUGAAUCAAUUGAUGAACAUUCGAGAAACGAAGAAAAUUCAAGUCAUAAUGCCCAGGGCCAACACCGAGAUACAAGAGGAAAUUGAGAAACUCGCGAAAUCUUUAAUAUGGUCUGACGAGGUUGUCAGGGCAGCAUCGAAAACUCAACCGUAUGUUGCCUUGGCGUGGUCUAGCGUCUCAAUAUUUCUCUCGCUUCUCUCAGAUAUCUCAGUUUACAAUAAAGAAAUGUUGAAAGGCUUUAAUAAACUCAUCGACAUGCAAGUAUUUUGGAAAGCUUGCGAAGAGACACAUCUCACAUCAUCGAAUUCAAAGCCUCUUUACCAUUUAAGAGAACCCAUGGCAGAGCUAUACUCCUUUAUAAUCGAAUACCAGGCUCGAGCGAUAUGUCACGUCGCUAAACCGCCGAUUUCCCGCACUUUUGAGUGCGUGAUUGGGUCGGACGAUUGGACUGAGAUGAUGCGGCCAAUCCAAAAUUUAGAACAGAACUGCCUCCAUCACAUCACUGAAUGGCAAAAAGCCGAUAUCUACAACAACAGCAAAAUCCAGCUGGAGGCAAUUCGGAAACAGGUGAUUCUCCAAGACGAGAUACUUCAAGAUAUGAAAAAAGGCAAACAGGACGAUAUGGAACAGAACCUCUUCGGCAACCUAGCAGAAGCGUCAGGAAACUACGCGAGGAAUAAGGAUAUCAACCCAAAGAGAGUCCCUGGAACUUGUGAGUGGUUUUUGAGGGACGAGAGGUUUUGCAAUUGGCGGGAUAGGCAAGCUGGAGCGCUUCUGUGGGUCUCGGCAGGUCCUGGAUGUGGAAAAUCAGUCCUAUCGAGAUGUCUAAUCGACGAAGGCCAUCUGACACCUAAUUCUACAAUUACCAUUCAGCCGCCAGUUAUUAGGGCUUCCCAAAGACCAUCUGUCAUCUGCUACUUCUUCUUCAAAGACGGGAAUGCGGAACAAAUAGACGGCACUCAGGCGUUCUGUGCAAUCUUACACGAGCUGUUCAAGCACCCUUUGACUUCCAAUCUUAUCGCCUACGCGCUUCCGAGCCACAGGACACAUCAAAAAACUCUAACAAAUAAAAUGGACGUUCUGUGGCAAAUAUUGGUUGAUUGUGCAAAGUUUUCCUCAGCGGACAUUAUUUGCGUACUCGAUGCUCUGGACGAGUGCAGAGGAGACAGUGCUCAGCGAUUACUGGGCAUGAUUGAGAGCUCAUCUUCUCAGCAGGGUGAGCUGUUUGGGUCCUCGAAAUUAAAGUUUUUGAUCACCAGCCGGCCGUAUGAUGAUUUGAAAUGGUCAUUCGACAGACUUUUAUCCGUCGCAACAUAUUUGCAUUUUGACGGGGAUGAGAAGUCCGGACAAAUUGGUGAAGAAAUAAACCUUGUUAUUGAUACCAAGGUACAACAUUUUGCAGCGCCCUUUUCAGAAGAGGACCGAGACAUGAUUUCGAAACGUCUCAAAAGCAUGGAGAACCGGACAUAUCUCUGGCUACACCUAACAUUAGACAUCAUCGAGAAGAAGAGGAGCGCAUAUAGCAGAAGUUCGGAUAUAGAAGAGCUUUUAUGCGAGCUACCACCUAACGUGGCUGGUGCGUAUGAGAAAAUCCUUUCAAGAAGUCAACAUGAAAGGAAAGUCGAGGCUUUGCUGCAAAUUGUUUUGGCUGCGACACGCCCGCUGACUCUAGAAGAGGCCAACAAUGCUCUCGCACUUGCCGUGGAAGAGGGAGGAUUCUCGGCGUAUGCAACGCUACAAGGAAAGCUAUGGCCACAGAAUACUUUCAAGACGACAGUGCAGAAUCUGUGCGGCCUUUUCAUCAGCAUCCACGACUCCAAGCUGUGGUUCAUCCACCAGACAGCGAGAGAAUUCUUAGUCUCCCAUGAGCAACCAGGACCAGAGAAAUGGAAAGGUCGGUUAAGCUUGCCAAAAUCACAUGGCGUCUUGUCCAGAGCGUGCAUCAAUUAUCUACAGAUACUUGAUCCCAAGUGCGAAUCCCCUAGAAACGAGUACCCCCUCUUCUACUACGCCGCUGCCAAUUGGUGUUUGCAUUUUCGUUCACAAGAUGCAGCCUCUACCGAAUUGCUUCGAAAGCCUGCACGGGAGCUUUGUCGUAUAUCUUCACCACAGGCAGAAUUUUGUUUCAGGCAACGUGGUCCUGUUUCUAUAAUUCCCUGGUACGACAUCGAGAAAUCGUCAGAUUUACAUUUUGCGGCUGUGUUGGGCCUACCUGCAGUUGUAUAUGACGUCAUCGUGCAUGAACAUGCCGAUGUGAACGUGGAGACAUUUUCCUCACUAGACAUCAGAAAUACCAGCCCGCCACUUCAUUUUGCCAUAAUAAACCGCCAUUUAGAGGUGAUGCAAGUGCUCUUAGAUCACGGGGCGAAUGUGGGAAAGUAU